AUGCAUUGGGGAGCUCCGAAGAUUUGGUAUGGCGUUCCAGGAUCUGAUGCCCUUAAACUGGAAGCAGCCAUGAGGAAACAUUUGCCCGACCUUUUUGAAGGGCAGCCGGACCUGCUUCAUAAGCUGGUCACACAACUUUCCCCGUCCAUUUUAAUAUCCGAGGGAGUGCCUGUCUAUCGAUGUGUUCAGAAUCCAGGAGAUUUUGUUCUUACCUUUCCUCGAGCAUAUCAUGCUGGCUUUAACUGUGGCUUUAAUUGUGCUGAAGCAGUUAAUGUCGCUCCAGUUGACUGGUUGUCCCAUGGGCAAAAUGCUAUUCAGCUCUAUCAUGAGCAGGGCAGAAAGACUUCUAUAUCACAUGAUAAACUAUUGCUUGGGGCAGCUAGGGAGGCAGUUAAUGCAAAUUGGGAACUCAAUUUACUGAGGAAGUAUACUACUAAUAAUUUAAGAUGGAAAGAUGCUUGUGGAAAGGAUGGUAUCUUAUCAAAAGCACUCAAGACUCGUGUUGAAAUGGAGCGGGUGCAGAGAGAAUGCCUUUGCAAUUCCUCACAGGCUUUGAAGAUGGAGAGCUCUUUCGAUGCUAAUAGUGAAAGGGAAUGCAGCGUAUGCCUCUUUGAUCUGCAUCUUUCUGCUGCAGGUUGUCACCAUUGUUCACCUGAUAAACAUGCAUGCUUGAACCAUGCUAAACAGUUGUGUUCAUGUUCUCGGGGUGCUAAGUUUUUCCUCUUCCGUUACGACAUCAAUGAAUUAAAUAUAUUGGUUGAAGCAUUGGAAGUGAAGCUUAGUGCAGUAUAUCGUUGGGCAAAGCUAGAUCUUGGUCUGGCCCUAAGUUCUCAUGUAUCCGAAGUGAAAUCGCGAGUCCCUGGGCUUACUGGUAAGAUGUCUUGUACUGCAGAAAGAAUUGCACCGAAAGAGAUGAAGGUUAUAUCCAAGACAAUCUCUAUGCAAAAGGAGAAACCUUCUGGAGAGUUAUCGACUUUUGAAAAGAUGAAGGCACCAUCCACAUCUCUCAAGUCUUCACUCAAAGUUGAGGGAGAAGAGCAUAAUUUUCCAGGCAAAAAAGAAGAUUCUUUACAGUCAGCUCCGGUAAAUGAAACACCAAUGUCCCAGCUCUCGGAAGUAAACAUGUCCUCUACUGAAAAUUUAGGUUCAGGGAGAGCUGAAGAUAAGCAGACAUUAUUUCCUGGAAACAAUGAUAUUAUAUGCCUGAGUGAUGAUGAGGUUGAUGAUUCCAUCACGAAACCUUCAGUUGGAAAAGGUACUUCUGGAAAGCAUACAGGACAUAUACAGAGGCCAGCUGGCUCUGGUGAUAUGGCGAGUAAGGCUGUAAGGGUAAUGAUAUUGAUCAUCCAUCCUUGA